GAAGUCGAGAUUUUCCCUUUUCAAAAAUCCCUCCUCUGGUCGUAUCAAAGGUCUCUCACUCGGUAGGUGAAAAACUAGAGCGAGGGUGUGAUGAAGCUGAGACUCAGGAAGGUGUGUCCUCUAGAGAAUUUGGAUGAAACCACGGACGGAAACCCAUUUGAACUCUGCUCUAUUUUGGGGCCCACGGGAGAGAGGAGGAGACGUUUCAGCGGUUACAGAGACGGCACAGUGCUCAUUAAGAGUCUUCUGAACGUGGUUAUUGCUCCUUGCUAGGAUCUGUGUCUCAUAUGACUCCGGGGGGUGUUGGCCUAUUAAAUGAGCAAGGACUCUGACCGUAGGACCAGAUCUGGGAACCACUCACAUUCUCAUCCUCCUUCAUCUAUUUCUUCUGUAAGACAGCCUCCUCUAGGAAGUUGGACCCCCUGGAACAAUGAAGAGUGUAGCCAAAUCCUGGAGCACAACAGUAAAGCAAGGGACCCAUGGGAUUGAGCGGGGACGUCCCCUCCCUCCAGCUACUUCCGGCAUGAAGACUUCCAAAUCUUCUACAUCACUCUCUUUUGAGUCUAAACUCAGCAAGCUAAAGAGGGCCAGUAGUGAUGACAUGCUCACCAAGCCAGGCAGUGCCAGCCCCUCUGGAGUCGUCAGGCUGAAGAAGACCGUGACUUCUGGUGCCAUCUCGGAGCUUUCGGAGAACCGUUUAAAGAGCUGCGUAGGGACAAUUUCAUCCACCAAGCGCACGGGGAUUCCGGCUCCUCGAGAGCUUUCCACACCCGUCUCCAGAGAGAGAUCUGCCCUUCGAGGUCCCACCAGUGCAAAGAAACCAAUCCCCAGUCCAAUAUCCUCCAGUACCCCGACUCCUACCAAGCACUUAAGAGGUGCCAAUAAAUCCAAGCAGGAGAAUGAAGGCGGGGAAAAGGCAUUACUGGAAUCCCAGGUCCGGGAACUCCUGGCAGAAGCCAAAACAAAAGAUUUUGAAAUCAGCAGGCUCCGGAGCGAACUCAAGAAAUUCAAAGACAAAGGGUCCCCAAAUGCUGCGGAAGGGACUGAGGCUUUUGAUCAAAAUGGCGAAGGGUUGCCAGCCUCCCCUGGGGAUCUAGAUCCUUUGAUAAGAACUCUUCAGGAGAAGAACAGAAAUUUCCAAAAAGAGCUAGUAGAUCUCGGGGAGGAAAAUCGGGCUCUGAAAGAGAAAUUGGCGUACAUGGAGCAUUCCCCCAGCUCGGAGGCGGCCACGAGCAACGAUGGGGGUAGCAGCCUGCCCACACCGACUACUCAGGAGUCAAGCUUUGGAAGCCCAACGAGAAACCAGCUUUCAGGAGAAAUGGAGGAAUACAAACAGACCGGCAGUACCUUACGAACCUCAGGGUCCUCGAGCAGUGACGUGACCAAGGCUUCUCUGUCCCCAGACGCUUCCGAUUUUGAGCACAUAGCCGAGGCUCCUUCCAGGCCCCUGUCCUCGGGCAGCAACCCCUUCAAGAGCCCCCGGUGCUCCACGGGCGGCAGCUCCCCCAACAACAUCAGCGAGCUGUCCGUGGCUUCUCUCACCGAGAAGAUCCAGAAGAUGGAGGAGAACCAUCACAGCACCACGGAAGAGCUGCAGGCCACCUUGCAGGAGCUGUCAGACCAGCAGCAGAUGGUCCAAGAGCUGACGGCCGAGAACGAGAAGCUGGUGGACGAGAAGACCCUUCUGGAGACGUCCUUCCACCAACACCGGGAGCGAGCCGAGCAGCUGAGCCAGGAGAACGAGAAGCUGCUGAGCCUCCUGCAGGAGCGCGCGCAGGAGCAGGAGGCCGCCGGCCAGGACAAGGCCUUGGAGCUGGAGCAGAAGUGCACGGAGAUCCUGGAGAACGCCGAGUUCGAGAGAGAGAAGCUGCUCAACAUCCAGCAGCAGCUGACCUGCAGCCUGCGCAAGAUGGAAGGCGAGCACCAGGGCGCCGCCGAGCUCAUUAAGCGUCUCCAGGAGGAGAACGCGCAGCUCAGCGGGCUUCUGGACGCGGAGCGGCACAAGGGCGGCCUGGCGGCCCAAGCCCUGGAGGACUGCCGCGUCAGCCUGGAGGCGCUCCAGAUCGAGAACGCCUCCCUGCGGGCCCAGCUGGAGAGCAAGCAGCAGAAGGCGGCCGAGCUGAGCGCCACGGGCCACGUGAGGGACACGUCCGAGGUGCAGGAGAAGCUCAAGGCGGCCCGGGCCGAGAAGGACCAGCUGGAGCGCUCCUGCCUGGAGCUCAAGCAAGAGCUGCUGAAGGCCAACAGCGAGAUCCAGCACAUCCAGAGCAUGCUGGCAAAGGUGGAGAAGGAAUGUGGUUACCUAAAAGAGGUCUGUGACCGGCAGGCAGAGCAGCUGAACCAGACCAGCCUGCAGUUGCAAGAGAAAGCCUCAGAGAGUGACGCCGAGAUCAAGGACAUGAAGGAGACCAUCUUUGAGCUGGAAGAUCAGGUGGAGCAGCACCGAGCCGUUAAGCUACACAAUAACCAGCUGAUUAGCGAACUCGAAAAUAACGUGAUGAAGCUGGAGGAACAGAAGUUGGACCUGGAGCGGCAGCUGAAGGCUCUGACAAAGCAGAUAAAGGAGGAGACGGAGGAAUGGAGGCGUUUCCAAGCUGACCUCCAGACGGCGGUGGUGGUGGCCAACGACAUCAAGUGUGAGGCCCAGCAGGAGCUCCGGACGGUCAAGCGGAAGUUGCUGGAGGAGGAGGAGAAGAACGCCAAGCUCCAGAAGGAGCUGGGGGCCGUGCAGGGGAACAGCAGUGCCCUGGUCUCUGCCAGCUAGCACAGCCCGGAGCAAGAAAAAGACAGAAAGACCUGCUCUUGCCAUGACUGGACACUUCAGCCUCUUCUGCCUGAAGGGGGAAAUCUUUAUAGGAAAAGAGCAUUUCUUUACAAAGAGCCAAAUUAUUUCCCAAGUUAUUCCCACCCUCUCACACCGUGGGAAUGCAGCCUGUUUGUGUUACACCCCAUUGUGGAUGGAGUCACCGCCCUGGUCAGCCUUAACAGUCAUCAUCCUUUUCUUCAGUCCUUUUUCUCCCAAGAUGCAGCAGGUUUUCUUUUCAAGAUGAAAAUAGAAAUUUCUUUGGAUACAUUAUCCCCCUGGCACACAUAGGAGGCGAGUGAAAAAUUUCAAGAGUUUGGAGUACCACACAGAAGGAGAAUGCCAAAGCCCCUUUUUCCAGGACAUCUCAGGAUCACCCUGAGAACAAAAUGGCCAGGCGCCUGUGAAUUGUUAUUGGAUUCCGUUCCACGUCGCUCAUCUUAACCGAAGAGAAAAAGUGGCACGGGAAUUCCAACAUUGUGGACAGCCCAAGACAGGGGUUUUGUUUGUUCAUUUUGUUUUGUUUUAGCACGUGUGUGUGUGUGUGUGUGUGUGUGUGUGUGUGUGUGUGUGUCUUUCUACUUCCAUUUUAACAUGAAUAUUCUAAGAAUUCACAAUAUUUUAAACAAAAUGAAGCCAUACUGUGAAGACUUGCCUUGGACAUUGCCAGAAAGCUGUACCGCCUCUCCAUCCUACUUUCCUAUUCCGUACCUCCCCUGCACCCCAAUGAAAUACUGUGUAACACACCCACUCAACUGAUACAAGGUGAUGGCCCUGGCCCCAGUUUGAUUUCCAAGAGUUUUUCUGAUAGAUCAUAGCAUGGAUGCAAGAGUUGAUAGCAAUGGAUGGCCAGCAGAGGGUGUAGUUGAGCAAACAGAAGAAGACUGUUGCUCAUACUAAGCUUCCCUUAACUGAAAGCCAGAGACAACAGACGGAUGGAGCCAACCUACCUUGAACCCCUAUGGGUUUUUUUUAAAUGGCGUAUACCACUAGGUGGCGGUGACGGACCCCGAGUGGAACAAGGCCUGAACUAGGUGGUGAAAACUUUUCUGGAGUGUCUUACAGAAUGUGUGAAGAUCUGGACCGAAUUCAGCAACUUCCAAUAGUCAGGAACCUCCCUUCCCCCUAAUUUGAGGGCCUGGUCAAUAGCAGGCGAUGCCAAACAGAGUUUGGUUUGUUUUGGUUUUGCUUUUUUUUUUAAUUUAAUUUAAAUUUUUUUUUUUUUUUUUUUUUUUUGCAGCAUAAAUAGUCAAUGCAUGGGGUGAGAGUAAUUGCCCACCAACCAUAAUGUCCGGUAGGGUCAAAGUGUGUAUAGCUUCUUCUCAGGGCAAGUGUAUGGUCAGGGAAACUUUCCCUGGUGUCGGCCUGGGGAGUAAAGAAUCAGUAACAAAAAAAUCUCUCCGGGCCAUCAGAAGGAAGGUUUCCGAUGCCUCUGCACACAAGUUUCAGAAACUGCCUCCAUUUGUCCUAUGGUGGGUUCUGGGCCGUGCAGCUUUGCCAUCUCCCUAGGAGGGGGAUGCUUAGAGUGAGCGCAUGCCAAGAAGGGUGCCCAAUGCCUUCAUGUGUGACAUGAAUGAGCAGCUCAUCUGCACCCCACCCUUUGGGCCCUCUUUGCACCGUCUGUAUCUGCCACUGGCUUUUAUAUGUGAAAAUUAUAGAGUGAAGUGAUAAAUAAACCUGGCCCUGUUCCACAUA